AUGCCCUUCAGUUCUUCGCCGGUGCUAUACCCAGCCAGUUCUUCUCCGCCUCAGCAGCCACCGAAGAAACGGAGGCUAUUUCAGACGCUCGGCGCAGCUCCUGCACAGAAGAAGCCCAAGAUCGUUGGUGGGUUUCUUGAGGACGACGAGCAUGGCGACGAUCAUGCAGCUCUUGCCCAUAGCAUCGAACCUGCCCAGGAAGCCAAGGCUGGCCAGCAGCCUGUAAGUCCAAUAGUGGACGACGCUGUAGACAUCGACGACGUUCUACCAGAAAACCUCAGCCAGAAUGAUCUGUCAUCUAUUCCUACGAUCCUUGCUCAGCCUAUGCUACGUCGCCGUGCCGAUGCUGGACUUGAAGCUCGAACAAGCUCCGGAGCACCGUUCAGGAUCGCUAUUCGCACCGAGUCCACGCGCAAGACUUACGAACAGACGGUGGCUGGGCGAUCUAUUACUACGGCUGGUCGGGCGAAGAAGGCCUACUACGGAGUUGACAUCCACCACUUGAUGCACGAAGCCGAGCAGCAACGGCAAUUAGACAGCGCCCAAGUUGAAUUCGAGAAACAACAGCAGGAAUUCAAUAAAGAGGAGCGUCCGGUUUCCCGCGACUCCAACGUCUCCAACAGAGUGGGAACGAAAGCAAGCGAUCAUCAGAUGUGGACCGAGAAAUACCGAGCAAAGCGCUUCACAGACCUCGUAGGCGAUGAACGCACGCAUCGUCAGGUGCUGCGCUGGCUCAAAGGUUGGGAUGACAUUGUCUUUCCGGGCAAUGCCAAACCUCGAGCAAAGCGCGUCUUCGAGGACAAGAAUGCAAACGGAGAGUGGCAGCAUCGCAAGAUUCUGUUGCUGACUGGACCUCCAGGCCUCGGCAAGACUACACUCGCACAUGUCUGCGCAAGAAAAGCGGGCUAUGAGGCCUUGGAAAUCAACGCCAGUGAUGAUCGUAGCAAGGAUGUCGUCAAAGGCCGCAUCAAGGACAUUUUGGGGACUGAAACCGUACGUGGGAUCAAAGAGGCGGGCAAGGACAGACGAGCAGGAAAGCCUAUCUGCGUGGUUGUUGAUGAAGUCGACGGUGUCGUGACGGGCUCUGGUGGGAGUGGCGAUGGUGGCUUCAUGAAGGCACUGAUUGAUCUUGUCCAUCUCGAUCAGCACAAUACUAAUAACCCUGACAAGCAGUCAACCAACCCUGCAAGAAAGAGGAAAGGCGACAAGUUCCGGAUGCUUCGGCCACUGAUCCUCGUCUGCAACGACAUCUAUGCCCCUUCCUUGCGGCCCCUUCGUACAUCCGGUUUGGCGGAGAUUGUGCACGUCCGAAAACCUGGGCUUGACAAAGUCAUUAGCAGAUUAAAGAACGUUUUCGAUGCCGAGAGCAUUCCCUGCGACAAUGACGCCGUCAGGCGCAUCUGCGAAGGAGCCUGGGGCAUGGGCACUCGGAAGCAGAACAGCCUCGGCGGCCGAGGAGCAGGCGAAGGUGAUCUUCGUGGCAUCUUGGUACAAGCGGAGUGGAUGGCUCACAAAUUCCGUGUAACGAAAACCAAGGACCCCAAUGCCCCACCACGCCUGACCCGCAAAUGGGUAGAGGCUCACAACGGCCACAGCAGCAGCGCCGCGAGCCAAAAGGGACUUGGCCGCGGCGGUGCUCGCGAAGUCCUCGACCGCCUCUUCAUCGAGGGCGCCGGCCUGCCCAACCUGCCCACGGCCCUCUCCGCAGAAGACACGCGGCUCGUCGCUGAAGCGCAAUCCAAGCCCGUCGGCGUCGCGGACAUCCGGAAGCGCGCCGCCAUCACGGCACUUCGUGAAAUGAUCGACACCUGCGGCGAGCACGACCGGCUCAUGACCGAUUGCUUCAGCACGUACCCCAGCCAGGUCUUCCAAGACGACACGCAGCUCUCCAAGCCCAACGCCGCCUAUGACUGGCUGCACUUCCACGACAGCCUCUCGCAGCGCGUCUACGGCAGCCAGGAAUGGGAAUUGAACCCUUACAUGAACACCGGCGCAUGCGCGUUCCACCAUUUGUUUGCGGGCGUCGACAAGGGCCACAACACCUGGAACGACGAGAAGCAGCGCGGCGGCGACGACAACGAAGCCGCAGCACACCCGUUCAGCGGCGCGCGAGCCGACUUUGCAGCGCACGAAGCCGAGAAACAAAACAAAACAGUCCUCACGGAGCUACAAGCCUCGUUCUGCGCGCCCCUCCUGCGCCUCUACAGCUCCAUCGACAACAUGGCCACAGAGCUCGUGCCGAGCGUGAACCGCAUGCUCGCGCCGGACGUUAAGCCCGUCGUCAUCGGCGGCAGCAGUAGCGGUGGGCCUGCAAGCGUAGCGAGCGUGCGCAAAGAGACGGAGAAGAAGUGCGUGCAGAACGCAGUGCGCGUCAUGAACGGCCUCGACGUCAAGUUCGAAAGAGUGAAGGUCGAAGUCGACGCCGCUGCCGGGCCAGGCGCCAGAGCCGCCUUCGUGUACCGCAUGGAACCACCACUAGAUACGCUCACGGCAUUCCACUUUGACAGAUCAUCAUCACCACCGGGAACCACGACAACGGCGCCGGCUCCGCUGCCGACCAGGUACGCCGUGCGGCAGGUCCUAGAGCAGGAGCUGCGGAAGGAGAAGCUGCUGCAGAACUCAUUGGCGCGGAAUGGUCGCUCGAGCGCUCUUCUCAAGCAGCACCAGCAGCAGGGUCAGGAUGGAGACGAGGACAAAGAGAACGCGGAUCCGCGGAGCAGUGCUAUAGCACUGGAGAAGCAGGUGGAGGAGGUGGUCAUGCGCGACUUCUUCGGCAGGGUCAUCAAGCAGGAGGAUGAUAGACCUAGGUCAUCAAAUGGUGACUGGGAGGGUAGGAAGCAGCAGCAGCCAGGGAGGGAGACGAAAGUGAAGGAGACGGAACGCGUGUGGGUGUCGUUCAAUGAGGGGUUCUCGAACGCGGUGCGCAAGCCUAUCACGCUGAAAGAGUUGAUGGAAAGUUUCUGA